GCCCAUAAGUGAAGACUGGUUACGAACUUGGGAAAAGAGGCCACGUUUUAGAAUGAUGCCGCAACAGGCUUGAAAAUGAAAGUGGGAUAAAGAACGCCUUAAAAGAACCAAACAGACGGUCAUAUUCCCCGGCCUUAACGAAAGCCGUCUGUAUUCCCCCGUCUCUUCACUCCCAUUUUUGAACCACCAUUUAAUAAUUAUUCACUCCAAAUUUAUAUACCUUGAAUCAGUUGAAGAAUUUCUCAGAUCGAAGCAAAUGGCUACUUUGCAGAAAUUCAAGCUUCUGGCAACUCAAUGUGCAGUAGCAGGAAGCCCAACGCGGAGCCCAACAACAAGCCCAGUUAUUCACCUCCGCCGCCGGAAGACUCUUCGUAUGCUUCUCAGCCGCGGAGGCAGCAGUAACCGUAGGCUGCCUCGCCGGGAAGUCUGCUCGCCCGAUCGACACCGAGAUUCGCCGGAGAAGGGGAAGGAACUGGUCGUCAGUCACAAGCUGAAGGACUUGUUUGUUUCGUCGCCUCCCUCGUUUGAGAAGACACUUUCGGAAAAUACGAGACAAGUACUCUCGCCGGCAACCUCUGGUUCCGGUGGCGGUAUUAGUGCGGGGUCACCUGUUCGGAGAAUUGGGUUACGUUCGCUCCGACCAUUAUCGGCGACUUUCCGGCAACGGUUACUUAGGAGGGCUUGGCGACCUGUACUUGUGAGCAUACCUGAGUAAAGUAAUUCAGUUGGUAUAUUGUACCCCGGUUAAUUAGAGCAAACUAAAUACAAUCAUAUAUCUAACUUAUAAUCCUCUC